UGCCGCCUCCGCCCGCCGCGCGGACUGAGGGAGCGGGGUCGCCGCCGCCUGCACGCCCGCCUGCCGGGGCUGCGGUGGGCCAGGAUGUCGGGCUUCCUGGAGGAGCUGCUGGGGGAGAAGCUGGUGACUGGCGGCGGCGAGGAGGUGGACGUGCACUCGCUGGGCGCCCGCGGCAUCUCGCUGCUGGGGCUCUACUUCGGCUGCAGCCUGAGCGCCCCCUGCGCGCAGCUCAGCGCCAGCCUGGCCGCCUUCUACGGCCGCCUGCGGGGGGACGCGGCGGCCGGGCCGGGGGCCGGGGCCGGGCCGGGGCCGGGGGCCGGGGCGGCCGCGGAGCCGGAGCCUCGGCGCCGCCUGGAGAUCGUCUUCGUGUCCUCGGACCAGGACCAGCGGCAGUGGCAGGACUUCGUGCGGGACAUGCCGUGGCUGGCACUGCCCUACAAGGAGAAGCACAGGAAGCUUAAACUUUGGAACAAAUACCGAAUUUCCAACAUUCCAUCACUCAUAUUCCUAGACGCCACCACCGGGAAGGUCGUGUGCAGGAAUGGGCUGCUGGUGAUCCGCGAUGACCCAGAAGGUUUGGAAUUCCCUUGGGGACCUAAACCCUUCAGGGAAGUCAUUGCAGGGCCCUUGCUUAGAAAUAAUGGGCAGUCCCUGGAGAGCAGCAGCCUGGAGGGGUCUCACGUGGGAGUCUAUUUCUCCGCACACUGGUGCCCACCCUGCCGAAGCCUCACCCGAGUCCUGGUGGAAUCCUACCGGAAGAUCAAGGAGGCAGGCCAGAAAUUUGAGAUCAUCUUUGUUAGCGCAGACAGGUCAGAGGACUCGUUCAAACAGUACUUCAGUGAGAUGCCCUGGCUCGCUGUCCCCUACACCGACGAGGCCCGGCGGUCGCGCCUCAACCGCCUGUAUGGAAUCCAAGGCAUCCCCACCCUCAUCGUGCUGGACCCGCAGGGGGAGGUGAUCACACGGCAGGGGCGGGUGGAGGUGCUGAACGACGAGGAUUGCCGGGAGUUCCCCUGGCACCCAAAGCCCGUGCUGGAGCUCUCCGACUCCAACGCCGUGCAGCUCAACGAGGGCCCCUGCCUCGUCCUUUUUGUAGACUCUGAGGAUGAUGGGGAGUCGGAGGCGGCCAAGCAGCUGAUUCAGCCGAUAGCCGAGAAGAUCAUUGCCAAGUACAAAGCCAAAGAGGAGGAGGCGCCGCUUCUGUUCUUUGUGGCGGGGGAGGAUGACAUGACUGACUCCCUGCGAGAUUAUACCAACCUGCCUGAGGCUGCCCCUUUGCUCACCAUUCUGGACAUGUCAGCCCGGGCCAAGUACGUGAUGGACGUGGAGGAGAUCACCCCUGCCAUUGUGGAGGCCUUUGUGAAUGACUUCCUAGGAGAAAAGCUCAAACCAGAGCCCAUCUAGUGGGGCUCCGGCCUCGUGAGACGUUAUUUAAAACUCAGUCUUCUCCUCUUCCUCCUUCCCUUCCUUCCCUCCACCCAUGGACUUUUCCAGCGUGUCCCAAAUCACACAACCCAAGUGUCCAACCUCUCUGUGGUGCCUUGUUUUCUGCAUUAACUCCUCACUAGCACCCUAGGGUGCGCACCCUCUCAGCAGCAGAAGAACCCACCAGGUUUGGAGACUCUGCUUGGGACUCACGGGGCUGCCGUAACCCGGCCAGAGCUGGGGCUGCGUCACUCUGUCACCAGCCCUUGGUGACUGAGUAUUUGCCAGGGUGUUCUUCUGCCGAGUGGGCAUGAAGGGGACAGUGCAUCGGUGCUCUGGCUCUGGUGUCAGCGCGCACACGCAGAGCUGACAGCUCAGUGACACAGGUGGGGCAGGGAAAGGGCCACGGCUUUGUCAGGCCUCAGCUUAGAGCUGCUGGUGAGAACCUCCAUUCCUGGGUGACGGGGUCUGUCUUGGUCUGAGGGAGAAACACUAACUUGUCAGUCAGUUCUUGGGCAGGGGAUCUCCAGAUCUCAAAGGAAACUGGUGUUCUUUUCUGGUGAGAAAAAGAGGAGCUACGGUAAUAGUUCAUAGCGUAAUUGCUGCCUUUGAUUGAGCUCCUACUAUGUGAGAAGAGCUUCUCAUUCCUUCCUUAUCUCUCUUUCUUCCUUGAUCUUGACCUUCUCUAAGUUUCUGUCUUCUCAUACAAACAGCCCCUGCUAGCUUGGAAUUUUGUUAAUAAAUUCUUUCCCCUUGGACAUCUUCCCAGGAAGAUGCACUCGGCCCUGUUUCUGGGAGCAGCACCUCCUCGCCAGCCAGACCUCUGACCCAGCCCAGCACUGGGCCUGGGGCUGUGGGGGCGCUGCUGAUGUGCCUAUACCUAUCUUGGGUGACCCCUGUCAUUCUCUUUUCUUUUCAGAGCAGAACUUAAAAAGGGACAAGAAAUUACCAGAAGCCUAGCUUUUCCCUAAGAACCUGCAGUAAAAGAGCUGUGCCCUAGGGUGGGAAUGAGGGCAGAGGACACGGCGAUGAAGAAAGAGUAGGCCUUGGAUCCACUCUGCUAGACCCAGGUAGUUUGGCUCCUUCUUUGGCGGAACUGACCACAAAAAGGAAAAGAACGCCUGUGUUCUAAGGAUUUGGGACGGAGGGCUUCACCUAGGGAUUUGCAGGGUUUUAGCCUAUCUCAACCAGGUGUCAGCGUCUUUAAACAA